AUGGAGAUAACAAUACCCUUGCCGAAUACUCUAACUUGUCGUUUGUUCAUUAAUAAUGGCAACCCUUUCGUAUAUUGUCGUAACAAAGUGCCUCCUUCUCCAACAUUUGUCUUUAAUAUAGCAGAAGGCUAUCGGGUUCUUCGCGCAAAAGUCGAAGAGCAUUUCGACAACAAGAUCCCUGACCAGUGGUGCGCUGAUUAUGACAUUUACUUCAAGCCGACCAACAACGCGUAUCAGAAGGACUUUCAGGUGCUUUGCAGUGACAGUAGUGCUUUGCAAGUUCAGCUUGAUACGGCGUGGCACAAGGCAAGACUGCGUAACGGUGGGCAAGCGGGCUUCGUCUUAGAGCUGUAUGUAUACGUGCCAAAGCCAGUUGAGGCUACAAUAACGCUUCGUAGGGCGACAGCUGCGCGUAUUCGAGAACAAAUGCCCCGCGUAGCUGAAAUGUUGCGGGAGUAA